CAAACAAUUAAAGCCAAAUACUUGAGGAGAAGCAGCCUUGUAAUCUCAUGGAAAAACUCUCUCAAGGAGGAUGAGGAGGGUUGUCAUGAAGAUGGAGUCUUUCCCCUAAUCCAAGCAAGUGAAGGAACCCAAGCAGGUUUUCUUUUUGAAUUUUCAGUUUCUGGUAUUUACUCAACUGGGUUUUUAUAAAGCUUGGUUUUUUGCUUCGAAAAAGGGUAUAUUGUGCCAAAAAUGGAGGUGGUUUAUGGCAAGAAAGGGUCUUCUUCAUCAUCGUCGCCGGCUGCAGCUGCGGCUUCGCGUUCCCGUUUGUCACCUUCGGCUCAACUUUUCACCAUGAGCCGGCCUUUGGGUCAACUGCCGGCUUUGAAUUCGUUGACCGGUGCUUCCAGUCUUGAACUCUUUACCCCUGCUCCAAGCAACCACUUCGACUCUUCUGAUACCAUUUCUCCGUUGUCUAGCCUCAAUUUGGAAGAUGAACUCAAACCAUUAUCGGCUUCAAUUUAUCCUAGUUUUACCCAUCAAUCUGGUUUUGCUGUAUCGGCUUUGUCUUCUUUUGAUGAUUUUUCUGAUUUGGUGGACCCAGCUGUGUUCCCUCAAUACACAUUUCCUUCUUCCCAAGGAUAUUGGGAUUCUCCAUCACCAGUUCAGGAAAGCUUGCUUGACAAAGAUUUUAAUAUAAGUUCUUCUAAGGUUUCGACUGCAUCAGAUGUGCCAUCUUCAUCAAUGCUUCAAAAGAUUCCUCCAGGUUCCAUGCUGGGAUUAUCAGUCACCGCCAAGACUUUUUCACCAUCGAGCCACAGUUUAUCUUCAGGUAUAAAUUUGACUGAAAAUGAUGUCGGCAGUAAUAACCAGAGUUCUUCUAGUAGAAAUAUAUCUGGCAAAAGGGUGCUAUGUGAUUAUGAUAAAAGCCUCGUAGAAAAAAGCAAGGAAAUAACCAAUGUCAAGUCUAUUUCUUCUAAGGGUUCUGACCCAUUGGUGUUGGAAAAAUCCAAGCUGCAAUUUACUUCAGAAGAUAGUCCCACUGAUCAUGUGGUGAUGGAACAAUGUGGCACCGUGGCAGGCAUGGAAAACUCUUCAAAAAGGUUUGAUGAUAACGAAUCUGAUUUGGACUCGCCUUGUUGGAAAGGACUACAGGAUUCUAAAAAAUCUCCCUUCAAAGCUUCAGAGUCUUUGAACUCACACUCUCUUGAUAAUGAGUUGGAUGCAGGUAGCAGUUUGAGCCCACAAGUGCCUCAAUUACUUCCAGAGCUUCCUGGUUCGAGCAAUACAACCGGAUCAAGGCAUCCUGAAUUGUGUAUUGCACCUGGAUCAAAGACUUCUGCGUUGCGCAACACAGCUGGAUCAAAACCUCCUGGGUUCAACAAUGUAAUUAGCUAUCAAUAUUCUAAUGCAAUUAAUGAACCUAGAAAAGAAUCUUCCACGCUUAAAAUCUCACAAAGUAGUUCUUCACUCAGUUCGCCACAAAUGGUUAAACUUGUUGACAGAGUCUUUACAUCAAAUGAGAUGGUUGUUGCAGAAGUGAAUGUUGAAGGUUAUGCAGAUGGAACUAAGGCUUUUGUGAAUAAUAGUACAGAAGAUCUAUCAGUUCUUGCAAUGGGACUCCAGAAUUCUAGAAAAUAUUCCUUCAGAGCUUCAAAGUUGUUGAGCUCACAAUCUCUUGAUAAAGAGUUGGUGUCAUGUAGCAGUUUGAACCCACAAGCACCUCAAUUUGUCCCUUCUUGUGCCAAAGUAAAUGUAGAUUAUUUACAGAGUAAUUGUGCUGAAGACUAUUUUUCAUCAUUAUUGGAGGGUGAACAUACAAAAUAUAAUUCAUCAUACAAAGGGAAAAAACUUAAGGAUUCUUAUGAAGCUGAAUCUAAGCUUCUUGGAUCAAGCAAUAAUGGAUCAAAGUCUCCUAAAUUGUCCAAUGCAGCUGGAUUUAAGACUUUUGGAUUGCGAAACACAGCUGGACCACAGCCUCCUGGAUUCAGCAAUGCAACUGGCUAUCAACAUUCCAAUGCAAUACAUGAACGCAGAAAAGAAUCUUCCAUGCCAAAAACACUACAAAGUAAUUCUGCACUCAGUUCUCUGCAAAUAGCUAGACCAUGUCUUGUUGACAGAGUCUUUACAUCAAAGGAGAUGCCUGUUGCAGAAGUAUAUGUUGAAGGAUAUGAGGAUGGAUUGAAGGAUGUUGUGCAUAAUAGUAAAGUAGAUCUAUCAGUCCUUGAAGUCGGAAUCCAAAGUUAUAUAAAAUCUCACUCCGGAGCUUCAAAGUUGUUGAGCUCAUCCUCGCUUGAUAAUGAGUUGGUACCAGGUCGCAGUUUGAACCCGCAAGCGCCUCAAUUUGUCCCUUUUCGUGCCAAAGGAAAUGUAGAUAAUUUAGAGAAUUACUGUGGUGAAGAUUAUAGUUCAUCAUUCUUGGAGGGUGCACAUGAAAAGUUUAAUUCAUCAUACAAAGAGCAACAACUUAAAGAUUCUUAUGAAGCUGGAUCGAGCAAGACACCUGGAUCAAAGUCUCCUGAAUUGCGCAAUGCAGGUAAAAUAAAAACUUCUGGAUUGCACAAUAUAGCUAGAUCAAAACCUCCUGGCUAUCAACAUUCUAAUGUAAUUCAUGAACAUGGAAAAGAAUCUUCCAUGCUAAAAAACACAAAAAGUAGUUUUGAAGUCAGUUUGCCGCUGCAGAUGGUAAAACCAUGUCUUGUUGACAGAGUCUUCGCAUCAAAUGAGAUGUCUGUUACAAAAGUGAAUGCUGAAGGCUUUGCAGAUGGAACUAAGGAUGGUGUGCAUGACAGUACAGUAGAUCAAUCACUUCUUGCAAUGAGAGUUCAGAAGUCUAUGAAAUCUCCCUUCAGAGUUUCAGAGUCUUUAAACUCACACUCUCAUGAUAAUGAGAUGGAGGCAGGUAGCAGUUUGAACCCACAAGCGCCUCAAUUUUUCCCUUCUUGUGCCAAAGAAAAUGUAGAUUGUUUUGAGAAUACGGGUGUUGAAGAUUGUUUUUCAUCUUGUGCGAAGACUGAAUAUUCAUUUAAUUUGUCAUACAAAGGGCAACAACUUAAUAAUUCUUAUGAAGCUGGAUCAAAGCUUCCUGGAUCGAGCAAUGCAGCUGGAUUAAAUACUCCUGGACUGCGUAAUGCAGUUGGAUCAAAGCUUCCUGGAUCAAGUGAUGCAGCUGGAUUAAAGAUUCCUGGACUGCUCAAAGUAGCUGGAUUAAAGAUUCCUGGAAUACUCAAUUCAGCUGGAUCAAAGCUUCCAGGAUCGAGCAAUGCAGCUGGAUUAAAGACUCCUGGACUGAUCAAUGCAGCUGGAUCAAAGCUUCCUGCAUUCAGCAAUGCAAAUGCCUAUGGACAUUCUAAUGCAAUUUAUGAACAUGGAAAAGAAUCUGCCAAGCUUAAAAACUCACAAAGUAGUUCUUCACUCAGUUUUUCACAAAGGGUUAAACCAUUUCUUGAUGACAGAAUCGUCACAUCAAAAAAGAUGCCUGUUACAGACGUGAAUGUUUCAGGCUUUGCAGAUAGAAAUAAGGAUGUGGUGCACAACAAUGGCACUGUAAAUCUGCCAGUCCUUGCAAUGGGGCACAAUCCAAACUUAUCCUCUUCUGGAGUUGGUGUUGUUGAUGAUUGUAGUGAAGUACUUCAAUUUCUAUCUCAGUCUCUGUCUAAAUGCCCAAAAAUAAAUGUUGCCACUAUGAUUAAUGUAAUAAGUACUCUGUCAGAGUUGCUCCUUCAAAAUUGCUCCAAUGAUUUAGAUUCAUUGAAUGAGCAUGAGCAUGAAAUGAUCCGGCAUAUAAUCAAUAAUCUUUAUGAGCUUAUAAAUCACAGGGUUGGAGAAAAGGCUCCAAUGUUUGAUUUGGCACAUGCAGGCAGUCUGGAUUAUCUUGAUAAGUUGACAGCAAUCCAUGAGCAGGCAAACGUGGAUUCCCAACUAACAACUACAAGAGGUCUUUUUGCUCGUCAUGAGCUUGACAGCCGAAGUGACCAUGAUUGGCAUAAGAGUUAUCCUCAUCUGUCCACCAGGAAAAUACAAGAUGUCUGCCCUUCAUCUCAAGAUGUGGGCUCUGACAGGGGCAAUAACAUUAGUCCUAUGCAGGAUUUUAGAAAAGCACUGAAAGAAAAUCACCAGCUUGCUGAGGAGGUACACCCACAAGCAUUAUUGAAUUUGUGGCUCGAAGCUGAAGGAGCUUUAUGUUCCAUGAAGUAUGAGAACUGCAUUUUGCACAUGAAAUUAGCAUUGGAUGGAUAGCUGUCUACCAGAGAAAAGAUGAGGUGUCAGGAAAGCUGUCUGUCUGGGGAACUUAUAAGCUUUAUUAGCUCUGAUAUUCAACAUGGGGUGUUGUAAAUAGAGCUGUAGAUUCUUCACUCUUUCAUGCAUAUUCAAGAUUCAACCAAAGGAUAGUAUUACCAGUAAUGUAGACUUCAUGUUAUUCCAAAGUCAACAAUUAUAUACUUUAAAGCACUCAAAGUACAGUAGCGUUGUCUGUUUUGUUAACUAUGAGGCUUAAGGAGAAGAUUGAAUACUGACUACUAAGUGGGAAGUAGCACAUGAUUUGCAAAAUCAGAGAUUUUGGAAUGCUGAUGAUGAAAGUCUUGAUUGUAAGUGAAUUUCCUUGAAUUACAACCGUUCAAGUAUAUGUGUUUGAAUACGCCCAUCACUCAAAAUGGAGGCAUGUGAAGGUUAAGCCUGUCUGAUGUGUUGUGGUACUACUACUAUAUAGCUACUUGCUAAUGUGAAGAAUCUAAAUUGGUAGAAUGAUGAUCUAAGAACCAAUCUGAGAGGUCAGCUUGAGCCAUUCAACGUAUUUGUAAUUUUAGAUCCAGUUUAAUGGCGUUUCUUAAAUUUACCUUUGACCAAUGUAUUGUAAACACUAUAAGUGAUUUGAUUAAUACAUUCAACUAAGAAUUAGUCUGGUGA